GUGAAUCGCUGGGACCUCUUCGGAAAGACACCAAGGACCAAGUACCCACUUGCAGUGUCCAACUCGGAGAACAUCAUGGGCAUGGGCAUUGGCCUCUUCUACAAUGGUAUUCGUUUCAUGGUCGUCGUCGGAGUGUUGACGACCCUUUCGUCAUACAUUGUCGCGGAUUCCGGCGGCCUCCAUGAGAUCAUGCAGAGCCCUGAGUUCACCAGACUGGACAUGCUGCUCCAGGCCUUGAUGACGACGAAGAUGAAGAAUAACAUCAUUCCGGCAGUUGUCCUUUCGCCUAUGACGAGCUGCAGCACAACCACGCCCGAGGGUAUCCAAGAGAAGCUUCAGUCUGUCGCGGCAUCACGGCUCAUGGCAGCGGAGGUCAAGCGAAGUGCCUGGGAUGCACAGAAGCGCAAGAAGGAGCUCGAGGCACGCCCGCGAAGGCGCAGAACAGUUCGCUUCUACUUCAUCAGGCACGCGCAGAGCCUUGCCAACCAGAACGCGUAUCUCGUUGGUGGCCGCGAUGUGAUGACACCUCUUACUGAAAAUGGAGAGACACAAGCUAAGCUGCUGGGACAGCGUUUACAACGCGAGGGUAUAGCAUUUGACCGCAUCUUCGCAUCCCACGCAGUUCGAGCAAGAAGAACUGCCGAGCUUGCCUCCGCGGAGCUCGGCUUCACAGGAAACAUUGAGGAGGAGCCCAGAGUUGUUGAGUUUUGCCAGGGGGACCUCGAGAAGAAGCCUCGCGCAGACGUCUAUGCUGAAGGUGGCCCUGUGAAGCGAGGAAUACGCAGAGACGGCAACCUUUUCUAUCGACCGCCGGGUUGGUCUGCUGAAGGUGUCCGCGGCGAGUCGGCUUGGGACACUGAGGUACGCUACUCUCAGUUCAUCGAUGAGCUCUUAGACGCGGCUGGAGAGGAGGAUCCUGGACAUCAAGAGCUCGUAGUGGCAAUCUUCACCCACGGCAUGUCGCUGAAAAGCUUCGUUCGCGGAGCCAUUUCUGCCGCACCUUCUUUUUCUGUGACGGCCCAGAUUGACAACACAUCAAUUACGGAGAUGCGGUAUGCGCCCCAAAAGAUGGAUGAGCUUGGAGGUUGGUCUCUGGUACGCUUCAACGAUACCUCCCAUCUGCGGGCAGACCGUGUUCAGCGUGCGUUCAAGGCAAAUUUCCCUGGCUCACCAAGGGAUCGUGCGCUGGCUUUCGGCGUCCUGUAUGUGGGGCUGCUCGCAAGCUCCCUGUACUUUGUGGCAGCUCAAAAGAGGUUUGCGAAAAGGUUCGACGAAGAGAGCACGAGCAUGAGCGACUUCUGCGUGCUGCUAAAGGGCCUUCCGACGGACUUGACAGACGAGGUGGCUUUGAAGAAGUGGGCAGAAGCACAACUCGCACAGAGCAGGAUCAACUUCGAGGUCCAAGGCGUAAGCAUCGGCUACGACUUCGGAGGCGAUGAGGCGCUGAAAUGGGAGGUCUAUGACAUGCUCGACCGGUUUUGCAGUGCAACAGAGAUCGAGCUCAUGCUGAAGGGUAAGACGGCGGAUGCUCAAGAAAUGGCAUUCGCGAAGGAAAGCUUGGGGAACCUGAAGGACGAUGUGGCCAAAGAUCGGAGCAAGGCCCAGGAAUGGUUUGAUGGGGAAAAGAAGCUCAAGGGCACCGGCCAAGCUUUCUUGGUCAUGACCAAGUCCACGGGCAAGGAUGCCAUCAUGAAAGCCUAUGAGGCCAAAGAGUCCCUCUUCACCUAUCAGCAGAAGCAGAUUCAGGUUGCCGAGGUGAAUUCCGAACCGCCGGAUAUCUGCUGGGAGAAUCUGGGAAUCGCUGAUGAAGCCAUCGCGAGCAACGAGUGGAAAGCAGUGGGACAGGUGCUGCAAAUGUUCAUUUUUAUCAACGUCUUGACGAUGGGGUUCAACCUGUAUGUGGUCAUGCCCUACUUGGCAGCGGGCAGCAAUGCUAGUGGGCCGCUCAUGACGGUCAAUGGCAUCAUCAUGGGCAUCAUCAACGGUCAGUUGGGUGGUAAAGUCUGGAAUUCUGCGUGGGGAGUGGGAUACCAUCGCAAGGAUAGAGCCGAUGUCUGGCUCUUCAAUGUGAAUUUCGCCAUUACCCUUUGCAACACGUUCAUCAGCUUGUUCAUGACCAUCUAUGCAGUGAUAGCGACGGAUCCGGAGGUGGCCGCAGAGGGUGUCGGGAUGUUCUUCAAAGAGUUGUCGACUACGACCGUUGGUCUGGAGUCCACGGUCGGACACACCUUGUUCAUGAUGCUGAUUCCUGGCCAGCUUUUUGUGAACCCCUUGAUGGGUUACCUCCAGGGGAACAUUGUUCCUUUCCUGCAAGCCAACCUCGUCGCCAAGAUUGUCUACGUCUGGAAAUGCUUGCCAGAGAAGCUCUUGUUCCUUCUCAAGGCGCUCUUACCGUGGUCACCGGACAACGUGGACAAGUAUGAGCGAAGAAAUGCAGAGAACGGCAUGGUCGCCGGGCAGAUAGGUUUGCCAUGGGACUACAGCAACCUGAUACUGAAUCCCUUGUCGGUCUUCUUCACCUUCUUCUUCGUUUCAACAAACAGUUCGACCGAGAGUGCGUACCUGGUGGCCUGGGCGGUGUUCUUCUUCAUGUACAGCCGCUUCAUGCACCUUCGGGUACAAUCAGUUGCCUUCCACAGCACCCACAAGUUGGACAGAAGCGUGUGGAUGGUCUGGGGGUGUGUGCCCCUAGCACUAAUCGGCACCUGCGCCAUGACCUGGGUUUUUCGUGCAGGCCUCGUGCUCAGGGGCGCCCCGCUGUGGCAGAAGGUCCUCCUCAUGCUGGUCACUUACGCUCUGAGCUGCUUGGUCUGGGUCCUCUCCCUCCGGGCGCUGUACCCCUUGCUCAAGGAGGACAGCCCGGACGUCAUUGAAGGUGACUUUAAAGACUGCAAGCGGGAGUGGAUCUUUUCAUGGUUCAACUGCAACCCGGUCUUUACACUGAAGUGCCUGUACUAUCUCCCCAAGUUUCUUCAGGAUGCUGAAUUGGGCAAGGUGAAGGAGAAACUCCUCAAGAAGAAAGAUAUCUGGGGCCAUCCAAUUGCUUGUGGCGAUGACGAGGACGUCGUGAGGUAUUUCAAGCCUGGCAAAGAGUUCUUGCACUUCUCGCCGGAGAAGCAAAAGAGUAUCCGCGAGGGAGACUUCCAAGAUUGGUUGGAGUUCGAGACGUACUUAGCACACAUCAACCGCUUCGCAGAGCAAGUCCGACAAAACAAGGUGAAUUCCGGAGAUUUCUACGAGAAGCUCGAGGAUUUUUUGCCCAACUUUGACGACGCCUUCUGA